GCUUUUUGGUUUCUUUCCCAUUUUUCUUUAUAUGAUCCUCAGACAUAUAGUCACUUAUUGCUUCUCUCCAAAAUCAUUCCCCUAACUAUUCUUCUCCGAAAAUGAAAGGAAUGGAUAUUUUCUGUGCUUCUCCGGCCUCCACAGCCAUAUGCUCCAGCAUCGACCACCGUACUAUAGUCCGUCACAGCCACAACCGACAUCCCAUCAGCCGCUCGAAUCCCAAGCCUUACAUCCCCUGUUCUUCUUCACAGUUUCCGGUACUUCCUCAACCAUAUAAUAACCAUGAAAAGAGCAGAAAGAGUAGUUCUGCUAAGCAAAGUGAUUUGCGUCGAAAAAGCUCUGCUGAUAUUGAUGAUUUGAUCAGAAGCCCUCAUGACUCAUCUAGAUAUCUCCUCACUGACAGACCCUUUAUUGAUUGGUUAUCGGAGAAGACAUCCGAUACUGGCUCCGCAUUGGUUCCUGCUCAACCGGCUGCGAAGCCUAAGCCUAGGCCCAUAAGCUCAAAUGAUUCCCUGGUUUUGAAGUCUUCCCCUACCCGAUCCCGGGACCAGGUAGUGGUUUUGUGGGUAUCAAUCCACUGCAAGGGAUGUGAAGGAAAAGUGAGAAAACAUAUCUCAAGGAUGGAAGGAGUGACAUCAUUCAGUAUAGAUUUAGCAUCAAAGAAAGUAACGGUUGUCGGAGAUGUGACGCCAUUAGGAGUCCUAGCAAGCAUUUCCAGGGUGAAGAACGCACAACUUUGGCCGUCGUCAACACCAACACCAACCCCAACACCGUCAUCAGCACCAGCUUCUCCGGCAGUGAACAUAAUCCGUUACUAGAUAAUUGGCGUCUUUUUAAUGUACUCUUCAUCUUAUUGUGAGUUCAAAUAUGGGUAUGUUAGACACUCAUGAUCUAGUAUGUACCUUUUUGUUAUAUAUAUAUAUUUUUUUUAUCUUGGUUGUACAAUAUGAAAUAACUAUCUCUUUCUUAU